UCCAUUUGCGGUGGAGAUUCGUCCUCUAUUCUCGCUUUUGCAUGCUCUUUGGGUUGGAUGGUCCGUCAAGAGCUUUGUUCCUCCAUAUAAUCCGAGCUCUCAGCCAGGGUUUGAGGCGCCCUCUCUCGCAGUUCUUCGUGAUCCACGCGGCAUCCGCGAGCCAUUUCCUUCCGCAUUUCGGAGUAAUCUCGUCUCGCUCUGCAAUGGCCGCUGUCGCUGGAUCCUGCUCCAUGGUGCCUGCCGUGCCCGUCGCUAGCGUCGGAUCCCUUGGAAGAGCUUCCCCGGUGGUCGGAUUCAAGCCCAGCGCCAUUGCCUUGAGAAGCAAGCGGUGUCUUUCCCUCAUCUCAUGCGCGGCAAAGCCAGAGACUCUUGCUACAGUCCAGAAGAUCAUCGCCAGUCAGCUCUCGAUCGAGCAGUCCAGCGUCACUCCGGCCGCCAAGUUCGCUGAUCUUGGAGCCGACUCGCUCGACACGGUUGAGGUGAUGAUGCAACUCGAGGAGAACUUCAAGAUCAGCCUGGGCGAGGAGGGAGCCGAGAAGAUUGUCACCGUGCAAGACGCUGCCGAUUUGAUCGAGGACGUGAUCGGCAAGCAGUGAAAAAGGAGGCAAGCAACGCGUUUCUGCGGCGGAUCAACCAACCAAAAUGGCAUCGUUUUUGUAAUGGUGACGGAUUAAUAAUUCAUUCUCAUACCAGUUUUUUGUUUC